AUGUGGCAACAAACCAACAACGAGUUUAUCAGCGAGCACGCGUUCGAGGAGUUCCUGGUGCUAGACCUGAUUUCGAAGAAUUCAACGAAUUAUGUAUACAUUGUUUCCUAUCAAAAGACCCUUUUCGAGGCGACAGUUCCACUAAUUUCGUUGAGAACUUUCGGCAGGAACGGUUUGCAGUUCGGAACUGUUCUCAAUGGGAAUUUCAGUGCUGACUCGCAAUCUCGAAAAAUUCGUGUAUCAUCAGUUCGUCGCAUAUACAUGCUCACAAAGGCUCAGAAUAAUAAAUGGACCCAGUUGAAGCUGGAAUUCGACGAUCGUCUUAAAAAACACGUUAUUGCAUGUUCCGCACUGACAAGCGGAUGUUUUACAUAUCAAGAACGCGAGUACCGUACCCCUGCAGUCUUCAAUGAUGUCCUGGGCAUCGUUGUGGAUUCUGAUGACGAACCACACUUGCCACGUCGACAAAUCGGACGUCUUCUGUGCACUGUCACUGCGAUCAAGUGUAGUUCUGAGGGGAUUUGGAAGCUGAGAAUUGAGACAAUCAAGAAGUUCGAUGCGGUUUUGUCGCUGGCGAUGGAGGCGAAUGUUCGAGAAACGGAGCAUUUUGGCUUGGUGACAAGAGAGGAGUGCGAGGAGAAAAGGGAUUUGAGAUUGGUGUCGUGUAGGGAUUUCCCGAGGGAUGUUCGCAUUUUUAGAAGCGGUUCCCACUGCUGCGAGAGCAUCGAAUCCGGUCAACGUCGUCCCCAUCACCACCACUCAAAAUGCCUGAAUACGUGUGUGGGUCAAGUGAGCCUUAUCGGACGAUGCAUGGCGUUCCAAAUGAAACGGUGUAAUGGAAUGAAUUCCGCACCUUCUCUACCCAUUCCAAUCGAUUCUGUGGCCCCAUUGCUCAGCUUGCCUUCACCACCUUCGCCUCCAGAAGGCCACCACGUGGAUUUCGGCUCCAUGCGCGGCGACGUCGCUCAACUCGAAGUGCACGUGCAGAGUGGAUUCGUUGAAGUCGUCACGAUCGCUGAAUACUCUGGCUACACGGAUCACAACGGUCAACCGCUUCUCUGGAGUCAUGACGUGGAAUUCGUUGUGGAUAUCUCUGGAAUGUUCCGAGAUCAGAAUCUGGGUUUUGGGCUUUAUAAGAUAAAAGUGGUCCGGUUCCAUAGGAAUAAUGUGUUCGCGAAGUGGAGAUUGGCACGGAAGAAUCCGAUAAUGAUGGCGAUGCAAAAAGCGGUUGUGGAGGAGGCACCCAGACAACGUCUUCCGUCGUUUUCGAGAUUCGGAAGCACGGCGCAGAGCUGCUGCUUGCCACGGACCGACUCUCUCGAUGACGUUGAGCUCUACGAUGCGUUGGUCCGGAACGAGAGAGCGUCGAGUUUCUCGGCUCCAACACGUCCAACACCUACAGUAUCCACCACUCCACUAGGUACCCGACGUCUUAAUUAUGGACGGUCGAUGUCGGUUUCGGUGGCCAACAAGAUCGUCGAGCGCGACGACGAUCUUCUCUGGGCCCAUCACGACAACUCGGUCUCCAAAAUAGUUGAGGACGAUGAUGAAGCGGUGCUUCCAAAGAUUCCACCAGCCUCCAGUCCAGAUGAGAAUUUAAACCAUGCGGCUUCCAACGCCUUCUGA